UAAUAUUUUAUUUGUUUAUUAGCUGCGGUGUUUUAAGAAAAGUAAAUUAAAUAAAUAAUGUCAGACUACGAAAAUAUUCGCAUAAAAAAGUUGGUCCUAAAGGGAGAGAAACACAAAAAAAGUAAAAAACGUAGGAAGGAAAAGGAACACAAGGACGACGAUGCAUCCACAUCCAAACGAAGCAAGUCGGCUACUGACGAGGAUGCAGUGCAUCAUGGUGGCUGGUGGACGGCGACGACUGCAGCGAAUAUCGUCGGUUCGGUGGCCAUUGAGUUUGGCGAUCGCUGUUAUUUGAAGGCGUUGGACAAUGGAUUGUUUACACUGGGCGCACCGCACAAUCAAGGCGAUGGUCCUGAUCCAGAAGAGAUAUUUACGGCAUUUCCAAUUAACGACCGCAAGGUGUCCUUCAAAUCGGGUUACGGAAAAUAUGUAAAAAUUGAAAAGGAUGGUAUGGUUACGGGAAGAUCUGAAGCAGUUGGUAGCAUGGAACAAUGGGAGCCUGUUUUCGAGGGCAAACAAAUGGCAUUAUUGUCGGAAACGGGUCACUUCAUGUCCAUUGAUCCUGAGGAUGAUGCUUGUGUUGCUCUGCAUAAAAAAGUGGGAGAUCAGGAAAUCUGUCGAGUGCGUACGAAUGCAGCCAGGGACGUUGUUGUUGACGACCAACCGAAAGAAGAGAAAGGCGACUUGGGCGAAGUUGAGAAAAAUUAUGUCAAAAAGUUUCAAAAGUUCCAGGACAAGAAAAUGCGCAUUAGCAAGAACACUAUCAAGGAGCUGGAAGAGGCCAAGGCCCAAGGACUUUUACAUGAAACGCUUUUGGACAGGCGUAGCAAAAUGAAAGCAGACCGUUAUUGCAAAUAAAUCGUAAUAACUAAUAAAUAUUUGUUUAAUGAUAGAGCAUUAA